AUGACGACCUUCUCGCUGGACUUUUCCAGCUUCCGCAAUGUUAUCAACAACGAGUUGACUUCCACCCCCACUACCCGCCAUAACAUCAAUCCCGCGAACUCACAGCCCAACCCUGAGGUUCCAGUCUCCACUCAGGAGGAUCUCGACCGAGCAGUCCAAGCUGCCACUGAUGCUUUCCAGAAAUGGUCCAAGACAUCCAUUGCGGAACGCCGGGCUGCAUUGGAGGCCUAUGCGAGUGGCAUUGAAGCCGUUGCCGAUGAAUUUGCUAGGACUCUCACAAUGGAGCAAGGAAAGCCUUUGAGCCAGGCUGCAGCCGAGGUUGGUAUGGCUAGCACGUGGAUUCGCGGUAUCAGUGCGCUGGAAAUUCCCCAGAAUGUCAUUGAGGAGACCGAAGAUCGGAAGAUUGUUCAGCGUUAUACCCCGAUGGGUGUUGUCGGUGCCAUUGUGCCCUGGAACUUCCCCGUGCUUCUGGCGAUUGGAAAGAUUACUCAGGCGGUGUACGCUGGCAACACGGUCAUCAUCAAGCCUUCUCCCUUCACACCUUAUUGUGGCCUUAAGCUAGCUGAGCUGGCUAUCCAGUUCUUCCCCCCUGGUGUGGUACAGUGUCUCAGUGGCGACGACUCUCUGGGCCCAAUGAUCACGGAGCACUCUGGUAUUGACAAGAUCUCCUUCACUGGUUCAAUCCUGACCGGUAAACGAGUCAUGGCCAGCUGUGCCAAAACUCUUAAGCGAGUGACUUUGGAGCUGGGCGGAAAUGACCCUGCCAUAGUAUGUGAAGAUGUUGACAUUGAUGCGGUUAUUCCCAAGAUUGGUAUUCUGUCCUACCUGUGCAGUUCUCAGAUUUGCAUGAUGAUCAAACGCCUCUACGUGCACGAAAAGAUCUAUGACGCAUUCAUGGAGAGACUAGUGGCCUUUGUGAAGAACCUGAAGGUUGGCGAUGGUACGGACGUAGAUGUCUUUGUCGGUCCGGUGCAGAAUAAGAUGCAAUUCGACAAGGCUAAGGAACUUUUCGAAACGAUCGCCACCGACAACCUCAAGGCUGCACUGGGAGGCUCCAUUGAAGACUCCGCUGGGUACUUUAUCCACCCAACCAUUAUUGAUAACCCCCCUGAAAACUCUCGGGUCGUCCAAGAAGAGCCUUUUGCUCCCAUCUUACCCGUUAUGAAGUGGUCAGACGAGGACGAUGUCAUUGCGAAGGCGAAUGCCCUAGAGACCGGACUCGGUUCGUCAGUCUGGUGCAAGGACUUUGAGCGGGCCACACGCAUUGCCGAUCAGUUGCAGUCCGGUAGUGUCUGGGUCAACUCGCACUUUGAUGUGCUUCCCAAUGUUCCAUUUGGCGGUCACAAGCAAAGUGGCAUGGGAGUUGAGUGGGGAUUGACUGGUCUCUUGGGCUACUGCAAUUCGCAAACUCAGUGGCUGAAGAAGAGCGUCUGA